AUGCGCGGAUACCCAAAGAAAAACGCCAGCCUGCGCUACGUGCUGCACGUUAGGCUGAUGCUUGUCGCUCUUGAUUCAUUACUGGGUGGUAAAUGCCGUGGACGGUUGGAGCACAACCUGUUGGAGCACGACGGCCUGUUGGAGCACGACGGCUUGUUGGAUCACAGCCUGUUGGAGCACGGACUGUUGGAGCACGGCCUGUUGGAGCACGGACUGUUGGAGCACAGCCUGUUGGAGCACGGACUGUUGGAGCACGGACUGUUGGAGCACGGACUGUUGGAACAUGGACUAUUGGAGCACGGCCUGUUGGAGCACGCACUGUUGGAGCACGGUCUGUUAAAGCACGCCUUGUUGGAGCACGGCCUGUUGGAGCACGGACUGUUGGAACAUGGACUGUUGGAGCACGGCCUGUUGGAGCACGGACUGUUGGAACAUGGACUGUUGGAGCACGGCCUGUUGGAGCACGGCCUGUUUGAAAACGGCCUGUGGGAGCACGGCCUGUUGGAGCACGGCCUGUGGGAGCACGGCCUGUUGGAGCACGGCAUGUUGGAGCACGGCCUGUUGGAGCACUGGUCUUCACCCGACGUCGGCAGUGAACGCAACGGAGCUGGGUUCCAUGGAUACGGCGUUCUGGUUACAAAUCCGAAAGUUAUAAUUACUCUUGAAGCCAAUGUCCAGGCGAAGUACGAGGUCGGCAAAUUGCACUACCGUGAUGAUGUAGGCGAGGCCUCGUUGACCGAAAUUCGAGUGUCUGCUUAUGGCUUGCGACUGCGGUGCGACUGCGUGGACCCCGCAAUGAUUG